AUGUUCCGUGCGGCUAAUCUAAAAACCAUCGGCAAAGCGGGAACCGGCUGGUAGGUGGUCUUUAAAUCUCGGAGACGUGACAUAUUGUUCACGUCCACUUUCGUGAAUCAACCGGCUAAGGAGGCUAAGGCUAGCGGGGAAGCUAGUCUGAAAAACAGGGAGAUUUCACUGUUGUGUGGCGUUGUUUUCCAGCGACAGUCCCUCAAAGUACGACAUUUAAAGCUGUUAAUCCCGGAGCUUGACUGUCGUUAUCUGUGAUUUGCGUCAAUCGGUGGUUUGUUGGAGUCAGUCAGGCUAACUAGCGCGAAAAAUUUAGCUAGCUUGUCGAGCUAACAACAACAAAACAGCAAAAUUGGAGUGAUGGGGGAGCGAGUAUCACGAACGACGUUAAAAGAAAUGUUGAAGUUACAGUGGGUGUUGCUGGUGUACUGGAGUGCACAUUAUGAAAGGUGUUCCUAAUAUUUUGUCCCUCAACCUGUUUGUAAUGACAUGGACAAAAUAGAAGAAGCACCUUUCAACAAGGGCUGGACGAUAUGGGAAAAAGUUUAUCAUGAUGUAUUUUUUCUAUAUCAGUCGAUAUCGAUAUAUAUAUCACGAUAUAAAAAGCGAAAUUUAAGAAUGCUUAUUGGUAGCAUAUCUUUUGCAAUACAAUAAGCUACUGCAUCUGUGAGGUCGUCUCUUCGAUAUUUUCUCGUAAGGCGUUGCGUUAGAGAAAGCAGACUGAGUUGUCGGCUCCUUGCUCCGCUUGGGGUUUGUAACCUUUUGCGUUGAAAACAACACUGCUGAAUAUACGUUUAGUGUUUGACGGACAAAAGUCUCGUCACAUUUUAGACAUCUAAGACUUAUGUUUAGCUCGUCAACGUCACGUUUUCGUCAUGGAGAAAAAGGGGCGUUGACGAAAUAUUUUUGUCAACGAAAACAACAGUGGUGUAGCUGCUGUCUGCUUCUACGCAGUUGUUUGCUACUUGGUUCUAAUUCAGCACGAUUGGUUCAGCGCGAAGCGCACUUGGCGGAACUCCCCUUUUCAUUGGCUAUUCAUAUAGUCGACCAAAAACAUGACUAUUGAAAAGCAUAUUGACCAUGUUUUGUAUUGAUAUUGAGGGAAAUUAAUUUUCGAUAACAUUAUCCUUUUACCGCCAGGCCCUACUUUCAAUAUAACUCACCCCAGGUAUCAGAUAGAACUGUUGUACUGGAUUACACUAGAUUGCCCAGGUGUUAUAAUGUUAUAAAUGGUUGGUUUAUAUCACGCCUGACCAAACAUCAGCGUCUUUUACACCAACAGAUAUCACAGCACUUACCUGAGCUGUCCUUAAAAGCUGCUGACAGACCUGAAAACGCAACCUACUCUAGAUCUCUUAAAUGCAUUAGAGCCUCUGUGGAGUAAGUGAAGUAUUGUCUUGAGUGUUAUCGUGGCAUUAGAGAUGUUUUUCUGUCACCCUGCAGGCACUUUCGCCGAACAAUGGACGAGCUGGUCCAUGACUUGGUGUCAGCGCUGGAGGAGAGCUCUGAGCAGGCUGCGCGCGGUGGUUUUGGAGACGGGGGAGACCAUGCUCUGGCUGUGGGCUGUCUGCUGAAGAGACAGGCUCGGAAGCGAAGGGGGAGAAAAAGACGCUCCGACAACCCGCACCCGCCGUGGGAGACGGGUCACCUCAGUGAGGGCUCAGAGUCCAGUGUGGAGGAACACAAGGUGAGUUGACCGAGGACAGUGAUUUGUCGGGCAGCACUUAGCUCGGGAUCUUCCAAUUUGUGUCGCUGAGCCAGCUUAGAGGCAUUUAAGCAAGUCAUCGAGGGCUGAUGUCUCACUGCUCGUUGCAUUAAUGUCAAACUUUACAUUCUUGAAAGUGUAACCAUGUAAAUUCACUUUUUUCUUUACUGCAUCCCUACAAAAUCUUAAUUACAGUAAAGAAAAAAGUGAAGAACUUGAACUUUAAAGAGUCCAAAUACUCACUUCACCAGAUUCUUAUUGGUAUUCUGAGAUUGAAUGUUAUCACACAUCACAGAUUUGUCCUUUAACGAGUAAUUUGAUAUUCUGUUUAAGGCUGAAUCGACAUUUUAUUAUCCUAAUCAUGCGGUUUAACACAUUUAAUCUUAGUUUAAUUGGAUUUAAUCCCUCACAGAUUCUUGGUGGUGAUAAUUCAGAGAUCUGGAAGCAGACCGUUAUGUUCAUGAUUUAAUAUCUUGCUUUUUUUGACCUAAACAGAUUAUUAAACUCUGUAGUAAGAGCAGCAAAACCUUAAUCUGGACUAAUCCUUGGGUAAUUAUAAUCUACUGACCUCCAAAUUAAGUUGGAGUCAUCCACUUAGUAUAGACUGUUUGCAGUGGAAGUGGUAAAUGUCUUUAUAAAGAGUGAUCUGGACCAGAACGAGCUUGUACCACCCUCUUACGUAACCCUCCUCUUUCUGCUUUGACUUGGUUUACUUCCUGGAGUUGAAUCCGGUUCUUAUUUUAGAACCCGAGUCAGACUUUGACUUUUGUUGCAGGACUACCGUGCCAGUACCGGAGGGGUCUCUGCUUCCAACAGCCAUGGCCGGGACAACAGCGACUCAGAUGAACAGCUUGGCCCCAAACGACGCACCCUCCUGACAGCUGACACCGGGCGCAGCAAGCGUCCACUCUGGCCGGAUGACUUAGGCGUCCUGGGGUCUGCAGAGGGGACUCGCAGCCUCAGACGGAGACGCAAAGUGAAACGCAUGGCCGUGGACCCUCCUGCAGAACCAGAACUCCCCUCCUCAACCAUGCUGGGGCCCCCGCCUGUCCCCAAAGCGCGUCCCGGUAGCAGGCCACACAGACUGGGCGCGAACGAUGGCAGGGGGGUGAUGGAGCUGUGCGGAAGUGGUCUCAUCGGACCAGGGGGAGGGAAAAACAGGGUGAAGAAGAGGAAACUGGCCACCCACAGGCUGGGGGUGGAGGCUGCGGAUGAAGGGGUGGUGGUGGAGAGUGAGGACACCAUCUGUUCUCCAGCAGAAGGGAGCAAGGACAAGAUGGAGUUGGAGGAGCAGAAGGGCUCGGAUGAGGACAUGAGUGACAGGUGGUUAGUGUUUAGUCUCUUUCUUACUAUUCAUGAGUUUGUUUAAGACACUGUAGGCCGACAGGUAAGGAGGAGAUCUCUUCUGUUUACACCUGAGAAGUGUUGGUGGUUCAACAAAAUCUUAUAUCACUGUAUGAGUAAUUUCUUAUCACGGUAACGGUAUAUAUCACGGUAUGUCCGAUCAGUCAGAUUAGUCUUAAAAGUCUUCCUUGUGUAGACGAAUCUUUUUGACUGUUUGUGUUUUUCAAAUUUGAGAAAAAUUUUACCUUUCAAAAUGUGUUUUAAUCGUUUUUUUUUACAUCACAUUUCUAGUGAAACCAGCAGCGUCAGCAACAGCAGUGACGGAGGCCUCUACACCAAUGAUGAGGGGAGACAAGGUACUGACGAUGACGUGUUCACCUUUUUUCAAAAUGAUAAAAAAACCUGAACCUGUUACCUCUUCCUCUACAGUGAAGUAAAGGUUCUGAUGAUCUCCUGUCCUCUCUCUCCUCCAGGUGACGAUGAGCAGAGCGACUGGUUCUACGAAGGCGAGCCCGGUACUGGAUCGGCGCCCGGUGGUGCCUGUGGGAUCGCAGGAGUGGUCCCCUGGUGGGAGAGGGAGACCGGGUCAGAGGAGCUGGACCUGGCUGACCCUGUAUUCAACAGCAUCCUGACUGGAUCGUUUCCCCUCAUGAGCCCCGCAGCACAGAGAGGUCAGUGUACAGUAAUGUGGACAACAAUGUUGCUGCAGUAUCACUCAUGUCCAGUAGAUGGCAGACUCCUCACACAGACACAGACUGAGGCAGUUGAAGUUACUGUUAAACAUUUAGUCUCACUAUUUUCAAACCAAACUUCUCAUCUCAUGAAUAAAAUCUUUGACAAACCUAAACUGUGUUUCCCAGGGUUCCAGGCCAGGCUGAGUCGUCUCCAUGGAAACCAACAGGCAUCUGAGACGGGGCUGCAGGGCGGCUCAGGCCAAAGCUUCCACGACAGACUGGGGAGACAAAGCCAGGACUCCCAUGAGUGAGUUCACAUCUUAAAUUUCAUAUUUCUCCGCCUGCACACUCAUCAGUAACAAGUGUUGAACCCGAGUUAAGUUUUUGUGGUCCUGAAAGACUCUCUUGAACCCCCUACAGGCCGUGGUUCAGCUCUGGCAUGAGGAGAGAACACGGACAGGUGAGGCGUGUUUCCUACUUCUUGUUUAAAUCCAGAUACACAGGGGUUUUAUGUUUUUUCCUGUUAAACUGAGUAACCUUUUAGUUUCUUGCUAACUGCUUGAGUUUGUUUACCCUGUCCUCACCCUCUCUUGCACUUCAGUUGCACUGGGACCCGCGGUCAGACAGAGGCCACCGGAGGAGUUGCUCGGUAAAAACAGCCAGCAGGUGAGAGCGAAAGUUAAACUCAAACUCUGAUAUUUCUGACCGGAUUAAACCCUCUGCUCCACUUUUGUAUUUUUCACUUCCUCUCGGUGUAAAACCAACUCCUGCAUAUUUACUUUGUGCCCGUCUGGUUUCGCAGACAGACCAGCGGGCACCUUGGCUCUCUGUGCACGGGGGAUGUCAAGCGGAGGCGAAAAGCAGCCCCCCUCGGUUCCGGCGCCCCCUCAGGUAUUGGACACACACCUAGCUACACCUCACACACCAUCUGGCACUUUUUACCAACUGCCCACUUUAGUGAUAUUUUUGGCUCUCAGUCCCUCACUUGUUUUUCUCCCCCCUCAGUGUGCUCACCAGCCUGCUUCCCUCAUUUCCUUCUGUCUAGCACGUACCCUGAUGUAAACACACGGGACUGGGAUGAGAAGUGAGGGUUCGGCUUCAUGUUGUUGUUUUUUUAAAGGAAUUAAUUGAGUGAAGGGACUCCCUCAUCCUUCAUAUUGCUUCCUCUCCUCUCUCUCUCCCCUCCCUCCCUUUUUCCUCCCCCCUCCGCGUUAUUAAACCCUGCUUUAGCUCUUAACCCCCUUUCCUCCUAAGCUUUGUUGGACAAGAGUCAGCUGGCUAGUGGUGCUGUCAGAGCAGAGAUACUGGAUUAGCUCUUAGCCAGUAACACUUGUGUAUCCCCCCCAAUCCCUCCCCCAAAACACUCUCCUUACCUCUGGGCCAGUUAAUGCUUUCAGAGGAGGGAGGGAGGGAGGCAGGGUGAGGUAGAAGAGCCCAAAGCUGAAAGGUCGAACUCGAUUUUCAACAUAUAUGGUCUGAAGAAAGGGACAAGUUUUCCUUUUAACUUAAACUCAGACUUAAGAAAUCGAUACCCAUUAGUUAUUUUGAUGAUACAUGUUUUAAAAUAGACUUACUCCAUUAUUUUACAAUGUGCUUAAGUACCAAAGAUAUAUGUUUCAACCUGAAGCUGCCAGAAUCAGAAAGAGAGAGUAAAAAUGAAGCUCUGAAACAAAGACGAUGUUAUAGGGCCGGGCGAUAUGGCCUCAAGUCAAUAUCACGAUAUAUUGAUCAGUUCACAUCGAUAACGAUAAAUGGACGAUAACUACUCCACAAGCUGCUCACCCCCUCCCACAUUAACUUCGUCUACUUCAGCUGCUACGACUUUUGAACCGUCCUCCAUCUCCUCACCUGUCUUUCCCUCUUUGUUACGGACUUCUCUGCUCGCCAUCAUGCCCACGACUCUAUCAAAGCCGCCACACCGCCACACCGCCAACCGCUCUAAUUCAGAUUUGCAAAUACCAGUGUUUUUCACAGCCUCCUAAAGAUGCAAAUGUGUCUUCUGCAGAUUAAGACAAAGGAACAACAGGAUGCCACACUUCUUUCCUGUAGCCUCACACCACUGCACAAUAGUUUUCGCCUAAAAAUGCACAAAUAAAAACUCAGAAAUGCAUCUGUAAAUGUUCAAAAAACUUUAAGCCCCUUGUUCAGGUCGGUGAGCCUUAAUUUGAAAUAGUGUUUGAAAACACACACAAGAGCAGAUCGGAAACAAAAACGAGCUCAAACUCUGCAUGAAUAUUUAAAGUCUGGAGCGAGUCGAUCGGUGAGACUCUGCCAGCGUUGUAACACAUCAGAUUGGCCGCAGACACGAGUGCAGAGCCGAGGAACACCAGGUGCCGACCUCACAGCGGGAAGAAGUCGAGCACGGCCAAAACUAUGUCCUGACAGUUUGGCUCGAACCGGGCCGGGACUCAACAAUCAAGUGUGUAAUUGAGCAGGCAUCUCCCCUCUGUGCCGCAUACAAAUAAAGACGGGAUUAAAGCGGGUAACGGUGGGGGGCGUCUCUGACUGGACAGCGAGCUUUCAGGAAGAGCAGAGACAGAAUGACCGCCAUGGGAGCGAGCUGCGAGGAUGUGGGUGUGCUAUAUGUCUGGAAAUGUGGCUGAUUUGAUUACGUGAUAACAUUACUCAGACGUAGCUUGAGAUGAUGUCACAGGAGGAGGGGCUUAAUGAGUGAGAGGAGGUCAAACGUCAAAAUACAAGGAUUAUUUUCAGCAGGAACGGCGAGGAACAGAAGAGACCGACGAUUAUAAUAACGCCGUUUAUUCAGGACCGUCAUCGUGUCACAAACUUCUUCUUCCUCUCUCCUCAGGUGUGGUCGGAGAAAACGCCCCUCCCAUCCCGGACACCAACAUGGGGAGCCGCAUGCUGCAGAGCAUGGGCUGGAACCCGGGGAUGGGGCUGGGACCAGAAGGCCGCGGUAUCACCGAGCCCAUCCGGGCCACGCAGAGACCCAAAGGCACAGGUCUGGGCUUCAACUGA